AUGAUCGCCAAGGCGCUGGACGAAUCUGGCACGACGUUCAAGUCCAUCCUGCAGCACUGCUCAGGACGCAGAGCUAACAGCGACGUGUUCGGACCGCAAUGGGAAGACUUCAACUGGGACGCGAUCCACGCAACUGAAGAGCUGAAAUUUCAUCCUUGUUGGAAUGACUUUCAAUGCGCCAAGCUAAAGGUGCCUCUGGACUGGUUCAACGGCACGCAUCCCAACGCUUCAGCCAGCAUCGCGAUAGCAAAACUUCCAGCCCAAGUGCCUGUUGAUGAUCCUCGUUAUGCUGGUCCUGUCCUCAUCAACCCAGGCGGCCCUGGAGGCUCUGGAGUCCUGCUGGCCCUCUUGCAAGCGCACGAGCUGCGAACCAUUAUGGGCCCUUCGGGCAGUGAUGCCAGCGUUCAAUCCAAAGGCAAACAUUACGAUAUCCUAGGCUUUGAUCCUCGCGGAAUCGGGUUCACAGCACCACUCGCUCAGUGCAUGCCCGACAACCCUUCUUCCUGGUCAUGGAAGCUUCGUGAGCGCGCAGAGGGCAUUCUUGGAAGUUCAGACGCUGCGCUGGGACGUCUCUGGUCUAUGUCGCAUGCGUGGGGCUCAUCUUGCAAGCAACACUCCGAUGCAAGUGGAGAGCCAGACAUUAAGCAGUAUAUAUCGACAGCGUCUGUUGCUCGCGAUAUGCUUGAGAUUGCUGAAAGGCACGCCAAGUGGGCGGUCGACAAGUCGAACGAACUCGCCCGCGUAGGGCUUUCUACGACAGGCCGCGGGUCGAAUGACCAGACGAUCUAUAAGCGUGGCGAGGUCAAACUCACCUACGCGGGCUUUAGCUACGGUACCUACCUGGGUGCGACUUUCGCCGGGAUGUUUCCAGACCGUGUUGGCCGAUUGAUGCUUGAUGGCGUUGUCAACGUCCACGAUUACAAUAACGGCCUCGCGCAAGGAAGUCUGCACGACACCGAGAAGGACAUGAAGUCGUUCUACACUUUCUGUGCCACCGCCGGACCGGAGCUCUGUCCUCUCGCUGCUUCCACGGCCAGCGUUGAAGACAUCGAACAGCGUACCCAGCGUAUCAUCAAGUCGCUCUACCACAACCCCAUCGGUAUCGACACUGCUCAGGGCCCUGAGAUCUUCACGUACAGCGACCUGAAGGGUAUCAUCUUUUCUGGUCUCUACCAGCCCAAUCUCGUAUUCCCGGGUCUUGCCCAUAUUCUUCUGGCUGUCGAAGAGAAGACCGGUGAAGUGCUCGAUGCUAUUGGAAAUGCGCUGCGUGGCUCCCACAUCUACACCUGUCCCGCAAUCAAUGGCUCAGCCACCUUUCCUCUCACCUACGACACCGCCCAGGACGCGAUCCUCUGCGGCGACGGCGUCUGGCAGAACGACCUCGACCUCAAAGGCAUGGAGGAAUACUAUCGGCUCCUCGAGAGCAUCUCCCCGGCGGCAGGCGGCAUCUGGGCCAUGCUCAAGAUGAAGUGCGCUGCGUGGCCCAUCAAGCCUCUCUACACCUUCGGCCGCGACGACAACUUCUACGGCAACACGAGCCACCCCAUCCUCUGGAUCUCCAACACCGCUGACCCCGUCACCCCGCUGCGCAGCGCGAGAGCCAUGUCCGCCAGGUUCCCCGGCAGCGAGGUCCUCGUCCAGGACUCGGCGGGCCACUGCGCGCUCUCCGUCCCUGUCGCGUGCACGGUCGCUGCUGUCAAGACCUACUUCCAGACCGGCGAGCUGCCUGCACCGGACACGGUGUGCAUUCCGCCGACGUCGCCGUGGAGCCUCAACUCUACGGAUCCGAAGUCGCCAUUCUACGACCCGAGUUUGGGCCAGGCUGUGUUCGUGGCGGAGGACGCGAUGGAGGGGGAGAUGCAGGCUGCGAGGGGCCUGCAGGCGUGGGCGGUGCGGCACUUGGGGUUUGGGAGGAGUCAUUUGGGGCAGCGUGUUGCGGAUAUGGUGGAUGUGGCGAUGGCGUAUAGCGCUGGGAAUAAGGGGUUGAGAGACGAGUUGUAG